UAAAAAAUUAUUAUCAAACAUCUAUAUUAUAAUAUAAUAUAUUCUACUCUAAAUAUAUUUUACAAAACAUAAAAAUAUAAAUUGACAUUUUAUAAAAUUAUUGGUUUAUAAAUUUACAUUGAACGCAAGUUAAAUCCAACACCGCACGGGGACGCGGGUCAAGAUCUAAGAUCUAGUUAGGGUUAAUAAAAAAAGGAGUGAUGAUUAAAUUUUUAUAAGAUAUUGUGCUUAUACAAAGGUUUUAUUAGUUAAAGAUGUCAUCCAUCUUAUGUAGUUAAAAUGCAUGAGUAAAUUUAAGUAGAAUAAAUUAAUUUUACCUCACAAUGAAGUAAAAGUGUCAAAAUUUGUAUAUUAUUAUAGUUGACACCUCAAUGAGCAUAAUAAAUCUCUGGUUCUAAGUACAUUUUUAUUUAUUACAAAAAUAUGAUUUUGAAAAUAUAGAUUUAUUUCCAUUAUACACUACUGCAAAAGGAAAUAAUAAGUCAAAGUCGAUGUAGCUUACCAUCUGUAACAUGAUUGUUGGUACAAUGUAUUAUGCACCAUAUAGGAUUAGGAAUAGAAAUAGGGACCAAACAAAAAAGGGAAAACAAAAAAUCACAAAUAAAAUUUUCAAUAUAAAAGCUAUAUAGCGUAUCAUGAAAAUUGAUUUGUUUUUAAACGUCUGUUAAGGUUUAUCUCUAGAAUAAACAAACUUUCGUCUUUAUCAAUGCUAGUUUGUGUGGUUAUAAAAACAUAAUCUACGACUUCAAGUUAAUAGUAUAUCAUCAUUCUAGUUUUGGUCUAACUUUUUAUAUAUUUGUAACAGAAUUGCUUAGAAAAUGAGCAUAGGAGAGAAAACCAGUGGUGGUUCAUCGUGGAGCAGGGAUGAUGAUAUUGCUUUUGAGAAAGCUCUAGCAAUUUAUGCCGACGAAACUGAGGAUCGCUGGGAAAAGAUUGCUGGAGUUGUUCAUGGAAAAACAUUGGAGCAAGUUUUAAAACGUUACGAGGUUUUACUACGUGAUGUUCUGAUGAUUGAAUUAAGCUAUGUAUCUCUUCCUGAGUACGAUUCUUCAGAAGGCACACAUGCCAAAGAUACAAACAUUUCGGAGUAUGGCAUCAUCGAUCGAAAAUGUGAGGAUACGCAAGAAUGCAAACCAAAACUAAAGCAAAGACGACGUAAGGGGAUUGCAUGGACACCGGAUGAACACAGCCAGUUUCUUAUUGGUCUGGAAAAAUAUGGAAAAGGUGAUUGGCGUAGUAUUUCUCGUCACUUGGUAGUGACAAGAACGCCAACUCAAGUCGCAAGUCAUGCUCAGAAAUACUUCUCACGUCUUAACUCUAAGACCAAAAACAAAACGAGACAAAGCAUUCAUGACCGUGACGUUGGAGAAAGCAGUAACACCUCAGCAAUGCAUAGUCCGAAUACAUGGCAAAACACUCAAGCCACUUCGCAACCAUCACAAGACCAUCAUCCUACAUAUAGCACACCAACCCUAUGGAACACACAAGCUACUUUACAACAACCACAAGACCAUCCUAUGUAUGGUACACCCACCAAAUGGAACAUGCAAGCCGCUUUGCAACCAUCGGUGAAUAUACCUAUCUAUGGCACCCACACCGUAGACCAAUCAAUGGUUGGACAUAGGGUCUCACCAUUCGGAAGUAACAUGAACCGCUUGGCUCCACCUCACAUGGCUUACGGAGUUCAACAUCAUUCAGCACCUUACUCCUCGGUUUCAAGAGCACCUUACUCCUCGGUUCCUAGUGCACCGUUUAACAUGGCAGCUUCGUACAACAUGACAUAUGCACCUACAUCUCGUUAGAUAGGUCUGAGGCCUCUGUUUUAUAUGCUUGUUAAGGUGUAAAAUGGUUUAAAGAAACUUAAUAUUCAGUUUGACUUGUUAUUUCAAAUGAUUAAACAAGUUAUUUUCCUGUGUUUAUGCACGGAUAUAAAUAUUUACAAAUAAAUAUAUCAAAAAUUAAGAAUAUUAUAAUUUUAAUUAUUUUAUAAUAUAUGUGUAUAAUUUAUUUUAAAUAAUAUUAUAUUAUUUUAAGAGAAAUUCUCUAGGAUACUACUAAUUUUUUUAAAAAAAAUAUAUCAUACAAGUAUCACGAUGAUAAAAAUAUUUCAUUACAAAGUUAAAUAAACACUUAUAUCCAUAAAGUAAACUAAUAUAAAAUAUUUAGAUUACGCGUUCAUUGCUUAUGUUCGUCAUCUGCUACUCGAGGGAGUGGUUGCUCAGAUGAGCUUAUCUCCGGUAAAGUUCCUUGGUGGAAACAAAACAAAGAAGUGUCGCCGCAAAUCUAGAGAAGAAGAAGAAAGUAUAAUAACAAGCAGAACCAUUGUACCAAAUUUUAGUAAAAAGAAGAUAAAAACAAGAAGAGACAUUGGUACAUGUUACCAUACAUCAAGCAUAAUUGAUAUAGUUAUUGACAUAGUUUGAUAAUUGAGAUCAAGUUUUACGUAUAUUAUUUUACGUAUAUUAUUUUCACCAACCAAUAGAAUUAUGUUAUUUCAAAUUUGAUAUCUUUUAUAAAAGGAAAUUAAACAAAAUAUUGUCAAUUUAUAUUAUGUUUUUAAAAUAAAAAGAUAAA